AAUAAUAAUAAUAUCUAUUAGAAUGGUCUGCUGACUAUGGUUUAUUCACUGCAAAUCUUUAUUUAGUUUGCUUGAAUUCCUCGUGGUUCUGGAUUGUGAACAACAAUUCUACAAUUUCUUUGUUAACAGGAUUUGAUUAAAAAAAAAACUCUCCUUUCUUAAAUGUUGAAAGGAGCUUCCUGCCUGGAGUUACACAGUGAAAUGAUUACUUUUUAAUAAUUAAAGCUGAGACACACAAGAAAUAGACUUCAAAGAGAAAGGAAAAAUGCAGAAUCUGUGUGCUGCAAAUGGGGAAACAGGGCAGUGUUGUGGGAAGCACAAAAGGAGUCUGGAGCUGUUCUGUCAGGAGGAUGAAACCUUUAUUUGUGUCCUGUGUGUUCCCAAACAUUCCAGCCACACUUUUGUAUUCUUGCAUGAGGCAGCCAGUGUGUAUAAGGACAAACUGGAAACUGCUUUAACAUCUCUGGAACUGAAAAUGAAAGAACUUAAAUAUCUGCAAAACGAGCAAGAGAAAGAAAUCCUUGAUAUACAAGAAGAUGCUUUUAGUGUGGAACGAUACAUUAAACAAGAAUUUUACAGACUUCACCAGUUUCUCCGAGAUAAGGAGCAACAGCUCAUCCAGCAGCUUCAGAAUGAAGAAGCAGACAUUCUAAAUAAAAUAUUAGAAAAUCUUGAAUGCAUUAAACAUGAUAUUAUUGCCUCCCACAUGGUAGUGCCUGAUGGUACCUUGGAGCAAGAACCUAUGGAAUCACUAACAGUACCAGGAACCUUUGAGGAUGUUGUUGUCACUUUCUCAGAAGAGGAGUGGAAGACAUUAAAAAAACAAGAUAAAGAGCUUUACAGAGAAGUGAUGGUAAAUAACUAUGAGACCAUGGUUUCAGUAGGAUACAGUAUCUCUCCAAUGAAGUUAUUGCAGAUAUUAAAAGAAGAGGAAGACGUGCCAGUAGGUGGUUUGAAGGGAGGAAAUACCAUUGAACAGAAGGAUAAUCUUAAAGGUAAAGUCCGUGGGCACAGUAUCCCUCCAAUGAAGUUGUUAAAGAUAUUAAAGGAAGAAGAUGAGCUACCUAUAGGUGAUAUCAGAGGAGGAAAUACUGUAGAACAGAAGGUUAAUCUUAAAGGAAAAGUCCAGGGUAACGGACAUGCAGAACGCAGUGCAAGUUGCAUUCAGCAACCAUCAGUUGGGACAUCCCAGGUAAUAUACCCAGCAGAGAACAUGACACAGUGUGCUCAGCCCAUAAAGGGCUACCACAAGCUUCAUCUCUCUUCUGUACCACAACUUCACUCGGGAUGUAACUAUAGCAAAAUAUAUGAAACUAACACAAGUAAGAAAACAUAUAAAUGUACUGAAUGCAAAAAGUAUUUCACACGUCUGAGUAACCUUCGCCACCACCUUGCCGUUCACACAGGCGAGAAACCCUAUAAAUGUACUGAGUGUGGUAAGGGCUUCGCUUGUCUUCGCUAUCUUCGAAAGCAUUAUGUUAUUCACACUGGAGACAAACCAUAUAAAUGUACUGACUGUGAUAAACGUUUUAUACUGAGGUCACACUUAGAAUACCACCAGAACUGUCACAAAGGGCUAAAACCAUUCAAGUGUCCUGAAUGCAACAAGUGUUUUGCAGAUCCCCGUAGUGUUCAAAAGCAUUAUCUCAUUCAUACAGGAGAGAAACCAUAUAAAUGUACUGACUGUGAUAAGUGUUUUACACAAAAGGCACACUUAAAAUACCACCAGAAUUCUCACACAGGACUGAAACCAUAUAAAUGUACUGAAUGCAGCAAGUGUUUCACACAUCAAAGUAGUGUUCGAAAGCAUCAUCUUAUUCACACGGGAGAGAAGCCUUAUAAAUGCAAUGAAUGCAGCAAGUGUUUCAGAUAUCUUAGUGGCCUUCGACAGCAUCAUGUUUUUCACACAGGAGAGAAACAAAAGCAACCUUUAAAGCAGGAAAACUGCAGCACCAGGAAAACGUCAGUUUGGGACAAUAAUGAUCCGCUUGAUCCUAUUAUUGUAGUCUGGUACAUCAAAUAUAACAAGACCACCUCCCUUAUCUGGUUGGACAACCCUAACAUUGGUGGUCUGGAUCAACUCUAUACAUUGUUUCUCUUCGUUUGUAAUGUUAUUAGUAAUUAA